CUCCUCCUCUUCUCUUAGUUCAACCAAUCUGCAAAUCUUCUUCUGUCAGAUUCGCCAUGGCAUCCUCGGCAUCAAAAUCGCUGUUUCAGUCGCUGAAAAAAUUCUUCAAGAAACCAUGGGAGAUCACGGGCCCUUGUGCCAGCCCCGAGUACAAGCUCGCAGUUCCUGAUGCCCUCGAGUACCGCAUCUACUGCCCCGCCUCUGAACCACUGAAGGCUAUCGUCCCCACUGCCAACCCUGAAACCGUCUACGAUAUCAAGUACUACUCUCGCGACCAACGCCGCAAUCGCCCACCCAUUCGACGAACCAUUCUGAAGAAGGCCGAUGUCGAGAAGAUGAUGAAGGAGACGACUUUCGAUGUAAAUGACUACCCUCCCGUUUAUCUCACUGCCAAGAUCGAAGAAGAUGAAAACGCCAGGGGCGGAGGAUAUCAGAAAUAGGGUUGGGAGUGGUGGCAAAAUAUGUAUACCAUUGACCCAUUUAAUAAUCUCUCUCUUGUUCCAAUCAGUGUUUGGAAUGAUAUUUCAUGAUAACAGCACUGGCCCAAUUGAAUUUCAUAUUCAGUUGGUAUGUAGUGGAAAAGGGUUUGAUUUCUACUUUUGAUGUGUUUUUACAAUUUAAUUUGUAUUUGUUGCAUCACUAGAUCAACUGACUUGUGGAAAAUAAAGAUAUUAAUAUAUCUCCA